ACCAAAAGACGAAAACUACUACAAUUAAGGAGAGUGUAUAUAUAUAUACUGUGUAUGAGAGAAGUCGUUUCCUACUGUCAAGAAUGUUGUCGAGGAUACAUUGCUUGUUUUAUAUCUAUAUGAUGAUUAUGGCUAAUUACUUUACUCCAGGUGCAUUAGCAAUAGCUCAUACCAAUUUCAGCACAGAUAAGUCUGCGCUUCUUGCGCUCAAAGCUCACAUCACUAGUGACCCUCAAAACAUCUUGACCGCCAACUGGUCCUCUCCCUCCAGUUCCGAUAUUUGCAACUGGGUUGGCGUUACUUGUGGUGCUCACCACCACAGAGUCACGGCCUUAAAUCUCUCGUUCAUGGGUCUUGCCGGGGUUAUUCCUCCGCAUCUAGGCAACCUCUCAUUUCUCGUUGAGUUGGGCCUUAAGAAUAAUAGUUUUCAUGGCCCCCUGCCCCAAGAAUUGUCUCGUUUGCGCCGGUUGAAGAAGAUUAACUUUGGAAACAACAACUUUAUGGGAACCAUUCCUUCGUGGUUUGGGUCCUUCGCUAAACUUGAAUCCUUCAAGUUGUACGGUAAUGGCUUCUCUGGUUUCAUACCCGCUGCUAUCUUCAACUUAUCUGCACUCGAAGGAAUUAAUCUGAACAGGAAUCAACUAUCAGGUAGCAUACCCAGAGAAAUCGGCAACUUAACAAUGGUGAAGGGCAUAUACCUUGACGACAACAAGUUCGAAGAACUUCCAAACGAGAUAGGCAGUUUAGGUCAGCUGGAGGAGUUGUUUGUGCAGGACAAUGCCCUAAAAGGCUCUGCUUUUUUGCCUGUCCUCAACAUAUCUUCUUUGAUUGCUUUCUCUCUAUUCGGGAACAACAUGAGUGGCAGUCUUCCGGACAAUAUAUGUGACCAUCUUUGGAGUGUUCAACUAAUUAAUUUGGGCCAAAACCAGUUAGACGGUCCUAUUCCUUCCAAACUGUGGCAAUGCAAAGAGCUUCGUGAAAUUACAUUACAGUCUAACAAUUUCCGUGGAAGCAUACCCAAAAGUCUUGGCAAUUUGACUUACUUGAGCAAGAUAUUUUUUUUCAACAAUGAUUUAGAAGGUACAAUACCGGAUGAGAUUGGUGAUCUUCCACAGUUAGAGAAUUUGGCACUGGGGAUUAAUAAUCUCAAUGGCGUCAUCCCAUUCAAACUCUUCAAUAAAACCACGAUAAGAGAAAUAUCGCUUUUUUUUAAUCAGCUAUCAGGUGGCCUCCCAGCAAACAUAGGUCUUAACGUUCCAAACCUAGAAUACCUUGGUGUAGCCAGAAAUAACCUGGUGGCCGGACUACUCCCUAACCUCUCCAAUGCUUCCAAGCUCAGGGAUUUAGAAAUGAGCCAAAACUCACUUACCGGGUUUCUUCCUAGCACACUCUGCUCCUUGAAAAACCUCGAGUAUCUAUCCUUGUCCUCGAACAAUUUGACGAUUGAUGCUUCUACUCCACAAGCUGAAAGCACUCUAUCCUGCUUGUUUAAUCUUAGAAAAUUGAAAGGAUUAUACUUGCUAGAUAAUCCAUUAAACACCACAAUUCCAGCUUCUCGCGGGAAUCUAUCUACGUCACUCCAAGAUAUUUAUUUAAGCUUUUCCAACAUUAGGGGUAACAUUCCCGUUGAUAUUGGCAACUUGAGCAGCUUGAUAGCAUUAAGCUUGGAACAUAGUCAGUUGACUGGAGUAAUUCCAACUUCAAUACAAGGGCUACAAAAUCUCCAAGCUUUGUAUUUGAAUGACAACGAACUGCAAGGACAUAUCCCGUAUGAACUCUGUCAACUAAACAACCUAGACGAGUUACGUUUGGGUGGUAAUCGGCUCUCUGGUUCUAUUCCUUCCUGCUUGGGUACUUUGUCAGUAGCUCUAAGAAGUCUAUCGCUAGGGUCCAAUUUGUUAACUUCUAAAAUACCGUCUUCCAUGUGGGAACUCAACCAUAUAUUGCACCUAAACUUGUCAUCCAAUUCUCUAGUUGGACCACUCUCAGAAGACAUCGGAAACUUGAGAGAUGUGGUGGAUAUGGAUUUAUCAAACAACUAUUUCUCUGGAAACAUUCCCGGUAGCAUUGGUGGUCUUCAAAAUAUGAUUAAUUUUUCAUUGGCAAACAAUUAUUUACAAGGCCCUAUUCCCAGUUCAUUUAAAACCUUGCUAAGCCUAGAAUUCUUGGAUUUGUCCAAAAACAAUCUAUCUGGAGAGAUCCCAAAGUCAUUGGAAGCACUCUUGUAUCUCAAGCAUCUAAAUUUGUCUUUUAACAAACUCCAAGGAGAAGUUCCAACCGGCGGGCCUUUCAAAAACUUCUCUGCUGAUUCAUUUGUAUCAAACGGUGCACUCUGUGGUGCUUCCCGACUCCAUGUUCCCCUAUGCAAAAAUAGAACAAAAGUUAAGCCAAAUUGGAGGAAAGCUAAAUAUAUCAUCUCAGGGGUCAUACCAGUAAUAUUCCUAGCGGCCGCUGUAUUGAUUCUGAUACUAUGCAAGAAAAGGAAUGUCGAAGUUGUUAGAGAAACUGCCUCACUACAUCAAGUUCUUUGGAGAAGAGUUUCGCGCCUAGAACUUGUAAGGGCAACAAAUGGAUUUCAUGAGAGUAACUUACUAGGCAUGGGGGGUUUUGGCUCAGUAUACAGAGGAACACUUUCAGAUGGGAUAGAUAUCGCUGUCAAGGUUUUCAAUUUACAGCUAGAAGGGGCAUUCAAGAGUUUUGAUAAGGAAUGUGAAAUGCUAAACAAUAUCCGUCACCGGAAUCUUAUUAAAAUCAUAAGUUGCUGCGAUGAACUUGAUUUCAAAGCCCUGAUACUUCAAUUGAUGCCUAAUGGAAGCCUCGAAAAGUGGUUGUAUUCUCCAAACCACUCCAUGAAUAUCCUGCAGAGGUUAGACAUAAUGAAAGAUGUUGCAUUGGCACUAGAAUAUCUUCAUCAUGGUUGCUCGAUACCUAUCAUUCAUUGUGAUGUGAAACCAAGCAAUAUACUACUAGAUGAAGAUAUGGUUGCACAUGUUGCUGAUUUUGGCAUUGCAAGACUCAUCGGCGGUGGAGAUUCAAUGACAGAAACCAUGACCCUGGCCACAGUUGGAUAUAUGGCUCCAGAGUAUGGGAUGGAAGGAAGCGUUUCGACUAGAGGGGAUGUGUAUAGUUUUGGUAUUGUACUCAUGGAGACAUUCACAAAAAGGAAGCCAACAGACGAGAUGUUUGUUGGGGAAAUGGAUUUAAAGCAAUGGGUUGCAGAUUCAUUAUUUCCAGAUGCUGCAAUAGGUGAAGUUGUGGAUGCCGAUAUACUUGGGGUGGAGGAAGAUGGUGAUUUCGUGAGCAGAAGGGUUUGCUUAUUAUCCGUUAUGAGAUUAGCUUUAGCUUGCUCUGCAGCAUUGUCGGGAGAGAGGAUUAACAUGAAAGAUGCCGCAAUCACACUCACCAAAAUCAUGACCAAGUAUUUGAAGGACCGUGGAGGAAUGAACUCUUAGUUCUUUUUGUUCUCUAUAUUUUCAAAUCCAUUUCCUUAUUGUUGUUUUCAAUCUGCAAUGACUACAUUAUCUUCUCAUAGUAUAUGAGAAUAUGACGAUAUUCCUAAAAUUGAAAUGUCAUACCUGGAUUUGUCAA